AUGGGUCAGGGUGACGGAGAGAUGGGUCAGGGUGACGGAGAGAUGGGUCAGGGUGACGGAGAGAUGGGUCAGGGUGACGGAGAGAUGGGUCAGGGUGACGGAGAGAUGGGUCAGGGUGACGGAGAGAUGGGUCAGGGUGACGGAGAGAUGGGUCAGGGUGACGGAGAGAUGGGUCAGGGUGACGGAGAGAUGGGUCAGGGUGACGGAGAGAUGGGUCAGGGUGACGGAGAGAUGGGUCAGGGUGACGGAGAGAUGGGUCAGGGUGACGGAGAGAUGGGUCAGGGUGACGGAGAGAUGGGUCAGGUUGACGGAGCUCACCUUAGUGUUUACCACCCUAUGCCCACAGUGGUGCAAGGCUCCCCUCUUGAACCCUUUUUGCAAUCCCCGUUACCUGCUGUGAGCAGUGGGGCGUAUGUGGAGGGAGAGGGGAUGAAGUAG